AUGGGGCGUAGUGCGAAGUUCCACAAGCGUCAGAAUAAGAAAACGACGAGCAGCGCGGGGUCCACUACCACGCUUGCCGCGCCCGCUCCCAAGCCCCAGACGGCCGCGCCCAAGGAGCAGAAGAAGCAAGCGGGGCUGAAAGCGAAGGCGGCGGCGGCCGUGCAGAGGCGUGAGGGCGACGGGCCCGUGCUCGGCGGCGCGGACUACGUCGAGCUCAUGUUCGGGAGCAGGCGUAGCGCGAGGGCCGAGGCAGCCAAGCUCCCCAAGCCCAAGGACCCGGAGGCCUAA